AUGUCAUUACCCAGUGCAGCAGAAUCGGCAAUGACUUCGCGUGUUGGAUCAGAAACGCCUACUUCAUCGAUUUUAAGCUCUUCCGAAACUGGACCUGGUCAUGAUUCUAAAUUAGCUCCCGUUUUUCUUCCAGUUGGGGCUGCUGUUAGUGCCAAAUACCGGGGAGCUUUCUGUGAGGCUGAAAUCGAAUCUAUCACUCAAGAUUAUAGAAUUCGUGUUCAACUCCAGCAAAAGAAGGGAUUUGUAACAGUUGAGAAGAGCAAUGUCCUCUCUGGAACCAUAGAACCGAAUGCAGAAGUCUCAGUUCUUAUUAGAAGCGGAGAAUUCGCCUCUAGUCACCCACAAAUUGCAACAAUUACAAAGGUUACAGAUCUCAGUGUCUAUUCUGUUGGUAAGAAUAUUUCGAUUUGUAUAUUUUCUUCAUGUUUUUUUGCUUUGUCGGUUAUUUUGCAAUAUGGUUACUUCCAAUGUGAAUAA